UGAAAAAAGUCUUGCUACUAGCAACCCUCGUAUUGUCAAAUGUCAACGUCAACCAUUGUUGUUGUCUACUUUUGUCUAUAGACCCUCUUUUUCAUCCGGUUGUCAAUAUGGGUGUCGACAUCAAUCAUAAACACGACAGGAAAGUUCGGCGCACCGAAGUUAAAUCUAAGGAUGUGUAUCUUAGGUUGCUCGUGAAGCUAUACAGAUACUUGGCCAGACGUACCGAUGCCAAGUUCAAUCAGAUCGUAUUGAGGAGGUUGUUCAUGAGCCGUAUUAACCGUGCGCCAAUCUCUCUGUCGCGACUGGCUCGUCACAUGAAGAAGCCCACUCGCGAAGGUUUGAUCGCAGUGGUCGUCGGCACCGUGACCAACGAUGUGAGGCUGUACAAGGUCCCCAAACUAACAGUAGCUGCUCUCCAUGUGACUGAGAAAGCGCGUGCACGUAUCUUGGCUGCUGGAGGUGAGAUCCUAACAUUCGAUCAACUGGCCCUCCGUGCGCCCACCGGCCGCAAGACAGUCCUCGUCCAAGGCCAGAGGAACGCCCGUGAAGCGGUCCGUCACUUCGGCCCAGCGCCAGGCGCACCACGCUCACACACCAAGCCCUAUGUGCGUACAAAGGGACAUGAACGCGCGAGACCACACCGUCGUUCAAAUGUGUAAUCUUUUAAAUAUAAGGACUACUAUCUAA